AUGUUAUCGCUGCUAGUCAAGACAGAAGCCAACUGUCCACCUCUCUUCCUCGCAGAAGAGACUGCUUCAGUGAUAGGAAUCGGCUGCUUGAAUCUAUCACUCAACGUGAGUAGCAUGGAAAAAGCUGCCAUGGCAAACAACAGUAAAGUCAAAGCUAUCCAACAUUAUGGUGCAGACCUGAUUUCAGCUAACAAAGACACAAAGAGGCAAACGGAAAUUGAGAUGCUCUUUAUGGAUGUGGACAUGGAAAAACUCUGCCCAGUGAAACCUAAAGUCUUUUAUGGUAAAAACAAUACCCAUAUUAGAGACAUUCCAUCUGACAGUGAAGAUUCCAUAUUGCAGGAUGACAUCAAAGAGCCGGAUAUUCCAGUUGGGAGAAUAAUCCAAGAUGGGCACCUAGACUCAGAUGAUAGCGACGAUGAUUCUCCGUUAGUCCAUUUGCUUCCAAACAUUGCCUCCAGCAGCAAAGCUUCUGAAUUGAAGUGGGCAAGUUCCACACCUCCCCAGGAGUUUCUAGAGCUGGCAACGCCUUACAAAAAUUUUUAG